AUCUGGCUUGCCCCUGAUCAGACUUACUCUGAUCUGAAGAUUUUGUUGUUUAAGGCAUUAAGAAAAUAGCCUGAAUUGUUCAUGGAGUUUUUCAUCAGUAUGUCUGAAACUAUAAAAUACAAUGACGAUGAUCAUAAGACGCUGUUUCUGAAAACGCUGAACGAACAGCGCCUGGAAGGAGAGUUCUGUGACAUCGCCAUCGUGGUGGAAGAUGUGAAGUUCAGAGCCCACCGCUGUGUCCUCGCCGCCUGCAGCACGUACUUUAAGAAGCUGUUUAAGAAGCUGGAAGUGGAUAGCUCUUCUGUCAUAGAGAUAGAUUUCCUCCGUUCCGACAUAUUUGAAGAGGUGCUGAACUACAUGUACACAGCAAAGAUUUCCGUGAAGAAGGAGGACGUCAACCUGAUGAUGUCGUCCGGUCAGAUUCUUGGCAUCCGCUUUUUGGAUAAACUGUGUUCCCAGAAGCGCGACGUGUCCAGCCCGGAUGAAAGUAACGGCCAGUCCAAGAGUAAGUAUUGCCUCAAGUUAAACCGCCCCAUUGGAGACGCUGCCGAUGCUCAGGACGAUGAUGUGGAAGAAAUCGGGGACCAGGAUGACAGCCCUUCUGACGACACGGUGGAGGGCACUCCCCCAAGCCAGGAGGACGGCAAGUCUCCCACGACCACUCUCAGGGUUCAGGAAGCGAUUUUGAAAGAGCUGGGGAGUGAAGAGGUUCGGAAAGUGAACUGCUACGGCCAGGAGGUGGAAUCCAUGGAGACUCCCGAGUCCAAAGAUCUGGGGUCUCAGACCCCCCAAGCCUUAACCUUUAACGACGGGAUGAGCGAGGUGAAAGACGAACAGACUCCUGGCUGGACGACAGCAGCCAGUGACAUGAAGUUUGAGUACCUGCUCUACGGUCACCACCGGGAGCAGAUCGCCUGCCAGGCGUGCGGGAAGACGUUUUCUGACGAAGGCAGGUUGAGGAAGCAUGAAAAGCUCCACACGGCAGACAGGCCAUUUGUCUGUGAGAUGUGUACAAAGGGUUUCACCACCCAGGCCCAUCUGAAGGAACACCUAAAGAUCCACACGGGGUAUAAACCAUACAGCUGUGAGGUGUGCGGGAAGUCGUUUAUCCGCGCCCCAGACCUGAAGAAGCACGAGAGAGUUCACAGCAACGAGAGACCGUUCGCCUGUCACAUGUGCGACAAAGCCUUCAAACACAAGUCUCACCUCAAGGACCACGAGAGAAGACACAGAGGGGAGAAGCCUUUUGUGUGCGGCUCCUGCACCAAGGCCUUUGCCAAGGCCUCGGAUCUGAAGAGGCACGAGAACAAUAUGCACAGUGAAAGGAAACAGGUCACCCCCAGUGCCAUCCAGAGCGAGACGGAACAGUUGCAGGCCGCAGCGAUGGCCGCUGAGGCGGAACAGCAGCUAGAGACAAUUGCCUGUAGCUAGAGGUGGUGGGUCAGGAACACUCGGCCCGGGAGGUGGUCGCUUGAACACUUCUGUGCUGGCAGGACCUAAGGCAGUGUGCACUCCGGUUAGGUAAUUCUCAGAUUUCUCAAGGCAGUUAUGUUCCUACGUUCUGACCAAACAGUUUGAGGUUUUUUUUGUUUGUUUGUUUGGUUGUUUUUUUUUUGUUUUGUUUUGUUUUGUUUUUUGUGAUGUCUAAAGUUCAUAUUCUCAAUAAGUUCCUCUACCCUUCUUUAUGGUUUUAGUUCGAAAUCUCCUUUGUCUAGUUUAAAAUGGAUGGCUUCUGUCCCGUCCAGAAUCCCUCAAGUCUUACCAAGCUGGUGAGUGCACUGCGGAGAGUCACUGAAAUAAAUUGAUUUCCCCAAUCAUCCCAGUGUAUGUGACUACUCAUGGUCAAAACAGCAGUUUUAAUAACUGGAUACAAGAACUUUAUAUAUAGGGUGCAGACAGUGUUGGCACGCGCUGACCCAGAACACUGCAGAAGUACAAAACCAAAUGUGGAAAAAUGGAAUGGUGUUGAGUUUUAUAUUUGGUUUGUGAUUUCUCUCUCUCUCACAUACACACACACACACACACACACACACACACACACACACACGUUUUUCACUGUUCCUGUGGACAAACAGUGGUUGCUUUCCUGAAGUGUUUCUUCAUCCAUUGUAAUGGCCCCUGUACCCACCCAUGCUGCGGGUCAUGUGGUACCUCAGGGUGAGCGAGAUCACCAGGAGGCUGGUGGUGUUGAAACCGAGUUCCUCUUUUGUCCAGUGUGGCCAUACUGUCUGUGUGUGUCUGUGCGGUGGACCAGUAUCGACUGGAGGAGAAGAGUCUAAGACAAGGUUUUUACAGAUUAAAACAAAACAAAAAAAAAACAAAAAAAAAAGCCCUAAGGUUUCCUAGGUCUUGAAAUUGUGACUGGUUUUGUAUUUAAGAUCAAAAUUAGGACAAGGAACAGAGAUGUUUCUUCAGAUGUUUGUGUAGCUUGCAGGUCGUCAAGCUUGGGGUGGGGGCAUCUCUGCAGCACUCAGGUUCCCGUGAAGAAGACGCUCGCUUACGUGAAUGUGAAAUCCUUUAAGUGUGUAAAUAGUAGUGUUGGUCUCAUGCAUUUCGAGAAAAAGGACAGCUGCAAUGUUUUUUCCUUUCCUUUUUUUUUUUUCUUCUUCUUUUUUUUACGCAGUGGAUUAAAGUACCUUUCACUGGCAACAAGUCUCAGACCCCUUCAACCAACGUUAGAGACCAUCAGACGAACCGUCCAUGUUCUCCAAAUGUGUUUUAUCAUUGGUGGUUGCAGUUUUCGAUGGAAGCUGAUUGCCUUGUCAUAGCCAUAAAUCAGAAUUAUGAACUUUGUUACAGAUUGGGCGUACUAAAUGCUCUUUUGACUGUUUCCUUAGGAAUAUAUUGAAAUGCCAACGGAGUUCGGAUUAUGUUCUGUAAGAAAGUGUAGACCAUUGUUUUAGGAUGUGUACAGUUGUAGAAGGUGCCAGCUUUAAGAGUUCAUGUUUUGGUUCUUAAGGUUUUUCUUUUUUCUUUUUUGUUUAUAAAUGCAUCAAAGUAAUUUCAUUACAUGGCUUGCCGUACUAACAUCUGUUAUUACUGUUGUGAGAAAAUUUUUUACUUUCAAAACCGGUGUACAUGUUUAUGCCCGAGAUUGUCGGAUGGAGAAGCUACCGUUAAGAUUUUUUUUUAAUUUAUUUUUAAAAUGUAUUGGCUUAAAUUAAUUUUUCCCUGAGCGGUUUGUUCUGUUUCGAAGGCAAUCCCGUCAGUUCGACUAUGCUGUUAGUAGGGGGGGGCCAACUGGUGAUCCUGGGCUGUGUUAACCAAAGCAAAUGUGAGAUCAGCUGGCAUCCUGUUAAUAGCUAUUUCAACAAACCAUAUUUUGGGCCUUUGUUUUUGUAUAUAAAGAUAAUGAUACACUU